AUGUUUCUGAAGCUGCCCACAUCUUGCAAGAAAAUCGCAAACCAGUGCUGUCCGAUGUACCAACAGGUGUCCCCAGCAGCAGAGUCCCCAGUGGGGAGCGAGGAGGACUCAUACGCAGACUGGGACUGUGGUCUGCUGGCCUCCUGUAAGGAUGCAAGUGACUGCCUGGAAUUGGCAAUGGAGGCCUGGGCGACUUCUAACCUUCAGCAGGUGCAGAAAGGAUGGGGCAAGCGGAGGGUGUGGCACUGCAGGGUUAGGGGUCCUUCUGUCGGGGUCCAGGGGGAUGAUGGAGUGGCCCUCUUCUGCACCUCCAGCCUGUCCUGGCCCCACCUCCUCCAUGCCCCCCCACGGUAA